GCAGUGAAAGGACAGCUAUGGACAGCGUACAGGAAGUAAACAUGAAAUGAGUUUUGCACUGAAGUAGAAUAAGGAAUACCAGUUUUAAAGUGAAAAUGGACCGCUUUUCUUGGUCGAAUGGGCUGCUAGAAAUCGACGAAACGUUAGUGAUCCAGCAACGAGGUGUCAGACUGUAUGACGGAGAUGACAAGGCUAAGCUGGAUCUUGGAGUUGCUUUGUUGAGUACCCAUCGGCUGAUCUGGAGGGACGUUAAGAACCAUGAAUGCUGUAUAGCUAUGCCCUUGUCACAGAUCAUCUACUUUGAGGAACAGGCUGCAGGGAUAGGAAAAAGUGCAAAAAUAGUUGUACACCUGCACCCAACACCUGCAAACAAAGAGCCAGGUCUCUACCAACACAGCAAGUACUCCUUCAUCAAGCUGUCCUUCAAAGAACAUGGGCAGAUAGAGUUUCACAGGAGGCUAACAGAGGAAAUGACUCAGAAGAGAUGGGAGAAAACACCGGUGUCACAGCCAAUCCCCACAGGAACCGGACCUCAGGCAGGAAGGACACGUGCAGUUGGGAUUGUUGGCAUUGAGAGAAAGAUAGAGGAGAGGAGGAAAGAAACAGACAAAAACAUUUCUGAGGCUUUUGAAGACCUCAGUAAGCUGAUGGUGAAGGCCAAAGAAAUGGUGGAGCUGUCCAGGUCUAUAGCCAACAAGAUCAAAGACAAGCAGGGAGACAUAACAGAGGACGAGACAAUCCGGUUUAAGUCCUACCUUCUUAGCAUGGGAAUUGCUAACCCUGUAACCAGAGAAACACAUGGAUCAGGCACGCAUUACCAUCUGCAGCUGGCUAAGCAACUGGGAGACAUGUUACAGGCCCCUCUGGAGGAGCGUGGAGGAAUGAUGGCUCUCACUGAGGUGUACUGUCUGGUCAAUCGUGCUAGAGGGAUGGAGCUUUUAUCUCCAGAGGAUUUGUUAAAUGCAUGCAAGAUGUUUGAGUCAUUGAAGCUUCCAUUGAGGCUGCGUGUGUUUGACAGCGGUGUGAUGGUGGUCCAGCUGCAGUCUCACAGCGAGGAGGAAAUGAUAGCCUCAGCACUGGACAAUGUGUCAGACAAAGGCUCUUUGACAGCUGAGGAGUUUGCAAAGCUCCUGGGUCUCUCUGUUCUACUGUCCAAAGAAAGGUUGCUGCUGGCUGAAAAGAUGGGCCACCUUUGUAGAGAUGACUCUGUGGAGGGUUUGAGGUUCUACCCAAACCUCUUUUGACCUGUUAACUGUCUUUUUUGUUAAGAUGUGGGGAGGAAAAAUAAACUUGGCUGCACUUGUUGUGCUGAUGCAUUUGCAAAAAUCCUACCUUUACACCUACAUACUGAAGUAGAGUAGAGUACCUGCUGUACCUGAAGCACAGCAACUUGAGAAUUUUCAAACAGCUGUUGUUCUAUUAAUGGUAGAUCUUUGGUUGAGGUACCCCAUCUUUCUUCUGUACAGGUCUCAGGGCUAGUGUAUCUUAAGAAACUGUUCAAGAACAUGCAAAUACUGGAAAUGGAGUUAAGAGCUCCCACUUUGGUGUGUCUGGUGGAGACUGUGUUUACUGAAACUGUGUUUAUUUUAUAUCACACAGUCUUCUUCUUCUUUUAAUAAAAUGAAAAGCCACUGCUUACAUGUUUUCCUAAGUAAAAUCUACACUUAUGCAAUAAAUGAUAAAGAAAUAAA